AUGGCGGGCCAGGUCCUCCAGGCCAACCUUAACCGCGCCCGCCGGGCUCAGGAUCUUUUCCUCCAGAGCCUGGCGGAGCGCGGUUACGCGUUGGGCAUCGCGGCGGAGCCCUUCAGGCCCCCCGCGGACAGCCCCAGUUGGGCCGUCGGCGGGGGGGGCCUCGUCGCGAUCGUGCGCGGCGACGCCGCGGGCUCCCCUCCCCUCCGAGUGUUGGAGGUCGGGGGGGAGUUCGUGGCGGCGCAGUGGGGAGGCAUCACCGUGGUCGGGGUCUACGUGUCCCCGAGCCUGAGUCUCGCCGAGUACGAGGGGUUCCUGGACAGGCUGGGGGGGUGCAUAGUUCGGCACCCCCGCGGCCUGUUGUUGGUCGCCGGGGACUUCAAUGCGAAGUCCGCGCUCUGGGGUUCCCGGCGGCCGGACGCGAAGGGCGCGGUGCUGGCGGACUGGGCGGCGGGUCUGGGCCUGCAUUUGUUGAACGUGGGCUCGGACAGCACCUGCGUGCGGUGGGCGGGGGAGUCCGUGGUCGAUCUGACCUGGGCAUCUCCGGCCCUCGCGCGUCGGGUGUCGGGGUGGAGGGUGUUGUCGGGGGUGGAGACGCUGUCGGACCAUAGAUACGUGUCUAUGGUGGUGUCUCCGCCCUCGGGCUCCGCCCCCCGCCAACGGGGGACGGGCGGACCCCGACCGCGGAGAUGGGCGCUCAAGGGGCUGUCUGGUGACAGACUGGUCGCCGCCCUGCUCGCGUCCACGUGGCCGGAGAGGCCGGAGGGCACGGUGGAGGAGGAGGCCGGCUGGCUCGGGGACAUCGUGACGCAGGCGUGCGACUUUGCGAUGCCCCGGGCCGGCCGGCCUCGGCGACGGCCCACCUACUGGUGGAGCGCGGGAUUGGCGGAGCUGCGGCGCGCAUCGGGGCGCGCCUGGCGCCGCUUCUCCCGCGCCCGUCGCCGGGGGACGGCGGCGGAGGUGGACGCGCGCUACGGGGAGCUCCAGGAGAGACGGAGCUCCCUGAGGGCGGCGAUCAGGGACGCCAAGGCGAGGGCCUGGGAGGAGCUCCUCCGGUCCGUGGAGGGCGAUCCCUGGGGGCGUCCGUACCGGCUCGUGAUGGGCAAGUUGCGGCAAUGGACGCCCCCGGAGACGGAGGAGAUGGAUCCCCUGGAGCUGCGCGGGGUCCUGGACACCCUCUUCCCGGCGGGAGGCGGGUGCCCGGGACCCCCGGAGUGGAUGACCUCCGAGCGGCCCCAGGAGAUACCGGGGAUCGGUCCGGAGGAGUGGGCGGGGAUCCUGCGCCGGCUGCGGGGCCAACGGCCCCGGGGCCGGACGGGAUUCCCAGCCGGGUCUGGCCCUCGCGAUGGAGGUCCUGGCCCCGCGAGUGAGGGCGCUCUUCGAGCGGUGCCUGGUGGAGGGACGCUUCCCCGCGGCUUGGAAGAGGGCCAAGCUGGUCCUCAUCCCGAAGGGCGGCGGAGGGGACGCGGCGGCGGUGCGCAAGUUCCGGCCGAUAUGCUUGCUGGACGAGAUCGGCAAGCUGUUCGAGCGGGUGAUAGCGGGCCGUCUCGUCCGGCACCUGCCCGGGGGUGCUCCGGGUGA